CUAAAAGGGGAAGAAGAGGAUCUGCCCAAGGAGGAGGAAGAAGAGGAAGACAAGUCAAAACAGCCUGUGUAGCAGAGAGGGACGUAUGUCCAGCGGUCUUGGUCCCUAACCAGCUGGGAGCCCAGCGCCCUGCUACCCUCCAGCGCUGCAUCAACCUGCGCCUCCUCUGAGGCCAUGGGCCCAGGAGUACUGCUAAUCCUGCUAGUGGCCGCAGCUCAGCAUGCUCGAGGGGCCCCGGUGAUAGAGCCCAGCGGCCCUGAGUUGGUCGUGGAGCCAGGCACAGCAGUGACCCUGCAAUGUGUGGGCAACAGCAGAGUGAAGUGGGAAGGCCCCAUCUCCCCCAGCUGGACCCUGGACCAUGCCUCCGUCAGCAGCACUAUGACCACCACCAAUGCCACCUUCCAAAACACGGGGACCUAUCGCUGCACAGAGACUGGAGACCAGUUUGGGGGCAGCACCGAGAUCCACCUCUACGUCAAAGACCCUCUUCAUCCCUGGAGGCUGCUGGCAGAGGAGGUGACUGUGUGGGAAGGUCAGGACGCGCUGCUGCCCUGCCUGCUCACCAACCCAGCGCUGGCAGGCAACGUCAAGCUGUUCCGGACACGCCAGCGAGCGGUCAAUAGCCAAACCAACUACUCCUUCUCACCCUGGGAUGGCUUCACCAUCCACAAGGCCAAGUACACUGAUAGCAAGGACUACGAAUGCAGCAUUUGGGUAGGCAACACGUGGAUGUCAUCGCUUGGCAUCUCGCUCAGAGUACAGAAAGUCAUCUCAGAGCCUCCAAAAUUGACAAUGGAGCCUGCAGAACUCAUUCGGAUUCAAGGAGAGUCUGCCCAGAUCGUGUGCUCAGCCAGCAACGUUGAUAUUAAUUUCGAGAUCUUCCUCCAGCAGGGAGGCACCAAGCUCACAAUUAAUCAAAAAACCGACUUUGUUGAAAAACGUUACCAAAAAAACCUGACCCUCAACCUCGAUCACGUAGACUUCCAAAAUGCUGGCAACUACUCCUGCGUGGCCUCCAAUCCCCAGGGCAUCAGCUCCAUCUCCAUGGCCUUCCGGGUGGUAGAGAGUGCCUACCUGUACUUGACCUCUGAGCAGAACCUCGUCCAGGAAGUAACUGUGGGUGAGAAGCUUGACCUCAUAGUCCAGGUGGAGGCCUACCCGGCCCUGCAAGCUUUUAACUGGACCUACCUGGGACCCUUCUCUGACCACCGGCCUAAACUCAAUUUUGAUAUCAGGCAGGACACAUACAGAUACACCUCCACCCUCUCCCUGCCUCGACUGAAGCCCUCUGAAGCCGGCCGCUACUCCUUCCUGGCCCAAAAUGCCGGAGGCUGGAAGGCCCUCACCUUUGAGCUCACCCUUCAAUACCCCCCAGAGGUCAGAAUCACGUGGAUCUCCAUCAAUGGUUCUAAGGCCCUACUUUGUAAUGCCUCUGGGUUCCCCCAACCCAACGUGACCUGGCUGCAGUGCCAGGGCCACAGUGAAAGGUGUGAUGAGGCCCAAGGACAGGUCAUGGAGAGCUCAUACUCCAAGGUCCUGAGCCAGGAGCCCUUCCACAAGGUGACUGUACAGAGCCUGAUGGCCCCUGAGACCUUGGAACACAACAAGAUGUACGCGUGCAGGGCCCACAACAGUGUGGGGAACAACUCCCAGGCCUCCUGGCCCAUCAGCACAAGCUCAUCUGUGCAGCAAUCCGAGGAGGCCCUCUUCACGCCAGUGCUGGUCGCCUGUGUGUCCAUCAUGGCCUUGCUGUUGUUACUGCUGCUGCUGCUCUUGUACAAGUACAAGAAGAAGCCCAAGUACCAGGUGCGCUGGAAGAUCAUCGAGAGCUACGAGGGCAACAAUUACACCUUCAUUGACCCCACCCAGCUGCCCUACAAUGAGAAGUGGGAGUUCCCCCGAAACAACCUGCAGUUCGGUAAGACCCUCGGAGCCGGCGCCUUUGGGAAGGUGGUAGAAGCCACAGCCUUUGGCCUGGGCAAGGAAGAUGCUGUCCUGAAGGUGGCUGUGAAGAUGCUGAAGUCAACGGCCCAUGCUGAUGAGAAGGAGGCCCUCAUGUCAGAAUUGAAGAUCAUGAGCCACCUGGGCCAGCAUGAGAAUAUAGUCAACCUUCUGGGAGCCUGCACGCAUGGAGGCCCUGUCCUGGUCAUCACCGAGUACUGUUGCUACGGCGACCUGCUCAAUUUCCUACGCAGGAAGGCGGAAGCCAUGCUGGGCCCCAGCCUGAGUCUGGGCCCGGACCCAGAGGUGGGCGCGGGCUAUAAGAACAUCCACCUGGAGAAGAAAUAUGUCCGUAGGGACAGCGGCUUCUCCAGUCAGGGCUUGGACACCUAUGUGGAGAUGAGGCCUGUCUCCACGUCUUCUUCAAACGACUCCUUCUCUGAGCAAGACCUGGACAAGGAGGAGGGGCGGCUGCUGGAGCUGCAGGACUUGCUGCACUUCUCUGGUCAGGUGGCCCAGGGCAUGGCCUUCCUCGCUUCCAAGAACUGCAUCCACCGAGACGUGGCGGCCCGGAAUGUGCUGCUGACCAGUGGGCAUGUGGCCAAGAUUGGGGACUUCGGACUGGCUCGGGACAUCAUGAACGACUCCAACUACAUCGUCAAGGGCAACGCCCGCCUGCCCGUGAAGUGGAUGGCCCCGGAGAGCAUCUUCGAUUGCGUGUACACAGUGCAGAGCGACGUCUGGUCCUACGGCAUCCUCCUGUGGGAGAUCUUCUCACUCGGGCUAAACCCCUACCCUGGCAUCCUGGUGAACAGCAAGUUCUAUAAGCUGGUGAAAGAUGGAUACCAAAUGGCCCAGCCCAUGUUUGCCCCAAAGAACAUAUAUAGCAUUAUGCAGGCCUGCUGGGCCCUGGAGCCCACGCGCAGACCCACCUUCCAGCAGAUCUGCUCCCUGCUGCAGGCGCAGACCCCGGUGGACAGAAGAGAGCAGGACUACGCCAACUUGGCAAGGAGCAGCAGCAGCAGCGAGCCUGAGGAGGAGAGCUCUAGCGAGCACCUGGCCUGCUGUGAGCAAGGGGACGCUGCCCAGCCCCUGCUGCAGCCCAACAACUACCAGUUUUGCUGAGGGGACGACAGCAGCAUUCUCCCUCCUCCAAGCUUCUGUGACCGCCAGAGGGCGCUGUGGACCAACACAGACUCUGCCCUUGGUCGUCUCCACUGCCCAGCCCAGCUCUGAAACUCAGGGAGGACCCCACUUUCAGGAUCUGGGCCAUCACUGCCAGUCAGGGGUGCGGGGCUGGGGCUGAGCCCUCCCCCCACCCCCACGUUCUCAAUGCUGUGGCCUCCUGUCCGCUAUGCCAACUGGGAGAACCCCCAGCUCACCCCCUUAACCUUGUCCCCAAUUCCAGGAGCCCUGUCCCUACUCCCCUCAUGUCUCCAUGGAAACAAACUGGCUUGGAAACUACAAAGCCCCCAGAGACACCCUAGCUUUGAGAAAACAGGGCUCCUGGGCCUUGGCAGAGUGGAAGGACCGCUCCCCUAACACAGCAGAGCGUUUAAAGAGGACAGGUGCCCAGAGACGGUGCUCUACUUGGGCUCUUGGAGCAGGGGGGCUCCUUGGCAAGAAGCCCCCAUCUCUGCCUACGGCCUUCCCUCCCCACCACACCAGCCCUGGACCUGGUAUGCUGUAAUGAACAGGUGGCAGCUAAAAGUUUGGGGUGUUCUGCCCAGUCCCCCAUCAUCCUGAGCUGGAAGGCAGGCAACCUGUGUGGCUGGCCACACCAAGCAGCAUGCACCCCCAAGUUGACUCACAACUAACAGUGACACUGCGGGACGUUCAUCAGCAUUAAACUAACAGCAUUAACACAGCCGGCCUCUGGUUCUUUGCGCCGCUUGCGGGCCUGAGGCCUCCCCACACCCGUGACCCGCUGGUACAGUGCGCAUGCACUUGACUCGCUUCACCAAAAUCAGAUAAUUUAAUAAAUUUUAUUCUUGUCGGGGGAAGUGAGAGGGGAAAAAAGCCACCUACUCUGCU